CUUGUCAUAGCCAAUGAUGAUACAAUACUGUUUCUUCUUAAAUAAUGCAAGCACCUCGCCUAAACUUUGCUUUUUUUGUUUGUAAAACAAAAGAUCAGAAACCAGGCUUGAGAUUGAAAUUGUAAGAAAAUUAUUUAGCAUAUAGCAUAUAAAAAAAACGUUGUGUUUCUCUCAAAAGAAAGGGGAGUUUGCUUGAAAGGCCAUAUGGGAGUAGAAGAAGAGGCAUCAUCAUUCUUGCAUGCUCCUAGGCCUGGAAUCAAGAGAACUGGGACCGCAUGGACGGCAGUGGCACACAUAAUAACCGGAGUGAUAGGGUCAGGGGUGCUAUCACUAGCAUGGAGCAUGGCUCAGUUAGGGUGGAUUGCAGGUCCUGUAACCAUGCUUUGUUUUGCUUUAGUGACCCUUGUUUCUGCUUUCCUUCUCUGCGAUUGCUAUCGAUCUCCUGAUCCUGAAUUUGGUCCCAAGAGAAAUCGAUCUUACCUUGAAGCUGUUCAUGAGACUUUAGGAAAAAGGAACGCAUUGAUAUGUGGCGUCUUAGCACAAAUAGGCUUAUAUGGAACAGGAAUUGUCUACACUAUUACUACUGCUAUCAGCAUGAGGGCAAUUCAGAAAUCAAACUGUUAUCACAAAGAAGGGCACGAGGCUACUUGUGAAUAUGGAGGCUCUUUAUAUAUGCUGCUAUUUGGAGUGGUUCAAGUUGUACUGUCCCAAAUACCAGAUUUCCAUAACCUACAAUGGCUAUCAAUUGUUGCUGCAAUCAUGUCAGUCAGCUAUGCCUCUAUAGGAUUUGCACUUGGGUUUGCACAAGUGAUAGCAAAUGGAUUUGUUAAGGGUGGGAUCGCAGGAGUCUCAGCUUAUAGGGCAGCUGAUAAAGUAUGGAAUGUAUCUCAAGCACUUGGAGAUAUUGCAUUUGCAUAUCCAUAUUCCCUAAUUCUACUAGAAAUACAGGAUACUUUAAAAUCACCUCCAUCAGAAAGCAAGAGCAUGAAGAAGGCAUCGACAAUAGCAGUUGUCGUCACCACAUUUUUCUACCUCUGCUGCGGAGGCUUUGGUUAUGCAGCUUUUGGAGAAAAAACACCAGGGAACCUCUUGACAGGAUUUGGAUUUUAUGAACCGUACUGGCUUAUUGACCUGGCCAAUGCUUGUAUUGUGCUUCAUCUAGUUGGUGGCUAUCAGGUUUACAGUCAGCCAUUAUUUGCAGUCAUUGAAAACUGGAUUGCAGAGAAAUAUCCAGACAACAGGUUUUUGAAUAAGAAUCUCACCUACAAAUUCCCACGGUUGCCAGGUUUCCAAUUGAAUCUCCUCAGAUUGUGUUUCCGAACUAUCUACGUCAUAUCAACAACCACGAUAGCAGUGAUGUUUCCUUACUUCAACCAGGUUAUUGGAUUGGUAGGAGGAUUCGGCUUUUGGCCCUUGACGGUAUAUUUUCCUGUGGAAAUGUAUUUUAAGCAGAAAAAUAUUGAGGCGUGGACAAUUAAGUGGAUCAUGCUUCGAGCCUUUAGCGUCCUCUGCUUUUUGGUGACAGCGUUUGCUUUGAUUGGAUCAGUUGAAGGGCUGAUGAGUGCAAGAUUGAGCUAAGAGAGUGAAGAAACAAGGGAAGAGAAUGUCUUUCAUCUUCCAAUUCUCGAUAAUCAGUCGUAUGGAGAUCUUCAAUCUGGAAUUCUCUUUUCGAUAUUGAUUGCAAGGGGAUGUCCUGAGGCAGAAUUACUGAUUAUGGUGAGGGCAUCUCCAAGUUUUUAGUUGAAAAGCCAUGGAUUCAUCAUCAGAACCAGAUGGAACCUGGAAUUGUUUGAAGCACUGUUCCUGUGAAUUAAUAUUAUAUAAAAUGUAAGAUGGGAAAAGCUUUACUUAAUAUGAUACUGUGUGAAAAAUUGGUUGUUUUUC